AUGCUACAGGGCUUGCAGACAGCGUCUGCUGAAAACAUUAUCACAUCAAAGAGUAUUGUGAUUGAGUUUGGACCCCAUCCAGUGGUUCUCGGCAUGAUCAAAUCGUGUCUAGGCAAUGAAAUCAACUGCCUGUCUACCCUCCGCCGCAACAAGAACCCUUGGAAAAUCCUAGCAAACAGUAUCGCUGUGCUGUACAGUGCUGGAGCAGAUAUCGAUUGGUCCGGAUACCAUCGCGAUUUCAGUGCGGCGCAGCGCAACGAUUGGACCCUGUACAAGGGUGAUCAUGUCUGUGAUGGCAAUGCUGCUCCCGAAAAGAUCGUCCAAGCUCCUCCCCCUCCUGCGCCAACGACAACCACGCUACAUCGGCUGGUGGAAGAGAAAUCUGAUUCGGAGAAAUUUGUAGUCAUCGAUGAAUCUGAUGUUUCGCGCCCGGACUUGAGUCCUCUAGUUCAGCGUCAUAAGGUGGAAGGCUUAGGAUUGUGUACCCCAUCAGUCUACGCUAACGUAGGGUUUACAUCGGGCAAUUAUUUCCUUGAUCGAUUCUCUCAGCUGCUUAAAGGAAAAGACGCUUGGUCAAACCACGUCGAGUCCAUACAACAUACCUAUUGCCGCAUCCGCUUCAGUGACAAGUCCACCUUUAACACUCUUGCCAAAGAUAUGCCGACCAUUCAAAUGCAUAUUAGACCCAUGUGCGAGAAUUCCUGCAAAGGGGCGAUUUUCCGGUUCAAUAGACCAAUAGCGUACAACAUAGUCCAGGCUUUGGCCGAAUUCCACUCCAAUUAUCUGUGUAUUGAUGAAACGAUCCUUGACAACGAGACUUUAGAAGCCGCAUGUACCGCCACCUUCGGUGAUGUCAAGAAGGGCGGCACUUUCCACACGCAUCCUGGGUUUAUUGACGGAUUGACACAGUCAGGUGGCUUUGUCAUGAAAGCCAACACCAAGACGAAUUUGGCGGCGGAAGUUUUCGUGAACCACGGCUGGGAUUCGUUCCAUCUAUAUGAGCGUGCCACGGACGAUAGGCCCUACCAAACUUACGUGCAGAUGAUACCUGGUGAAGCGAAACAGUGGAAGGGCAACGUAGUCAUCCUCAGUGGUGAUCGACUAGUUGGCAGCGUCGGAGGGUUGACAGUGCCAUCAACAACUAGCCAAGUCAUGAUGGACGUCGAGAAACCCUCAACCCCCCUCGAGAUGGAGAAGGUCAAGAUGUCGGACAUCGAGUAUGAGCGUGCGGAGCUACUGGCCAACCUGUCGGAUCCGGACGCGGGUAAGAAUGAUGAGGAGCGUCGCCAAAUCGACAAGAAGCUCAUGUGGAAGGUUGACAUGGCCCUUAUUCCUUGGCUUUCCCUUUUGUACCUGCUGUCCUUCCUCGAUCGAACUAACAUUGGCAAUGCUCGUCUCGCUGGCCUCGAGAACGACCUUGGCAUGGUCAAAGGAGAUUACAAUAAUAACUUGACCAUUUUCUUUGUCGCUUACGCCGUCAUGGAGCCCGCCACCAAUGCCCUGCUCAAGAUGAUCACCCCUCGUCUGUUCUUCACCAUGAUCAUAGUUACGUGGGGCGUUAUCAUGACUCUUAUGGGUCUGGUCACCAACAAUGCCGGACUCCUUGCUGCCCGUUUCUUCCUCGGUGUGGCUGAGGCUGGCUUAUUUCCUGGUGUAAACUACUAUCUUUCCUGUUGGUACAAGAGCUCAGAGAUCGGUAUCCGCUCUUCCAUCUUCUUUUCGGCUGCUGCACUCGCCGGCUCCUUUGGUGGCCUGCUCGCUGCCGCUAUUGAAAAGAUGGAUGGACUCGGCGGCAAGGACGGUUGGGCCUGGAUUUUCAUCCUCGAAGGUCUCGCUACUGUCGUCGCGGGUUGCUUUUGUUGGUGGCUUGUCUUUGAUUGGCCCGAGACAGCUCGUUUCCUCAGCGCAGAUGAUCGCAUUCGCGUUCAGCGCCGUCUUAUCAUGGAUCGCCAGGGCCGUACUGCUGAGGACUCGGACAAGAGGCAUAUGUACGCUGCUCUGAAAGACUGGAAGACAUAUGGAUACAUGUUCAUCUAUAUGGGCUGCCUCACCCCUCUGUACGCCUUCUCUCUUUUCCUCCCCACGAUUAUCGCCGGUAUGGGCCACCAAGGAACCAAAGCUCAGCUACUAUCUGUUCCUCCCUAUGCUGUCGCCGCCGCUUUAACCGUCUGUGUUGGUUUCUACGCCGAUCGCACACGCCAACGAGGCCUUUGCAAUAUUGCCACUGUUUUGCUUGCUAUUGUUGGCUUCGCCAUGUUGAUUGCCAGUUCCAAUCCAACUGUGCAAUACGCCGCUGUCUUCCUCGGUGCAGCGGGCAUUUACCCCACCAUCCCGAACACCCUCUCGUGGCUGAACAACAACACCGAAGGUUCCCUGAAGCGUGCCUUUGUCUUGGGCGUUGUCGUCGGCUGGGGAAACCUGAAUGGUGUCGUGUCUUCAAACAUUUAUUUGGCCCAGCAGAAGCCCCGCUACUACACUGGACACGGUGUUAUUCUUGGCUUUCUGACUGUGUUUUUGCUUGGCGGCUCGAUCUGGAUGCACCUUGGGCUUCGCAAGAUGAACAAAGAUCGAAGAGCUGGUAAGCUGGAUGAGAAGUGGAACGCUCUGACGAAUGACCAGAAGUGGAUUCAGGGUGAUCUUCGUCCUGACUUUAUUCACCCUCGUCUGAUCGCUGCUGCAAACAACUUCUAUAUUCCAACCGCUGGCUCCUUGGAGACAACCUAA